UUACAUUGUUUGGCAAGAUAAGGACAACUGUUAAAUUUACGUAAAGCAAUUUCAGAAUAAUGCAUCAAGUACUGGGAAUAUUUUUGGUAUUGGUCGGUAUCCAGGCAGCGCCACAAGUGCCAUGUGGGGUACAGAUGGUCCAGCCGGUCACCAAUAGGAUUGUGGGAGGACAAGUGGCGACACCUGGCUCUUGGCCAUGGGUCGUGCUAAUUUCGGACAGUCUUGGGUUUAUUUCCGGUUCCGGUGUAGUUGUUGAUCAGCACGUGGUCGUUACUUCCGCCCAGCAUUUUGAAGGAACCAAUUACAAUGUCUUUGACCUAAAACUGAACUUGUGGCGUGUGUAUGCCGGCGAAUACAAUAUAUCGGCCACGGACCCAAAUGAGAAAUACUACCACAUUCGUCGGGUGGUUCUACACCCUGGAUAUAACGUAUCUAGUCUCGAGAACGACGUCGCUCUCAUCAUCCUGAAUGAUCCAAUCCAGUGGAAUGACAACACUCGGCCUUUAUGUCUGCCCGACCCGACUACAUCCUACACUGUAGGAGAACAGUGCUAUCUUGCUGGAUGGGGCAGCACAUCAUCCACUGGCAAUGAGGAAACACUGAACCAGCUUAUGUACCCCAUCCUUGACGACAGUGUGUGUAGCGGCAUCUGGGACGACUUCCUCCCUGGGACUGAGAUUUGCGCGGGAUACCAGAAUCAGACCAAGGACUUCUGUCAGGAUGACAUCGGCAGUCCUUUGAUGUGCAAAAAGAGUAACGGGGCGUGGUACGUUCAAGGUCUUGCUUCAUCAGGUGGUGAUUGCAAAACAGCUGAUAAGCCUGGCAUUUUCGAGGACCUCUCCAUGUACCAGGACUGGAUAAAGGCAACCAUGGAGCAGGCCAACUUCCCUUACCAGUAUUAACCAAGCUCAUUUUCAAAAGUGUUGUACAUGCGCUUGAUUAUUCUAACAUAAAUGCAAAACGUAA